AAAACAAAACAAAAAAACAACAAACAACAAACAAACAAAAAACAAAAACAAUUUGUUAUUGUCCUUGCAUUCUUUCCACACGCUGAAAAAACUCUUUUUGACAGCCACGACAAGAGACAAGCUAGGCAAGUGCGUGCAGUAUUCAGUUAUUGUUUUUGGAAAGCCAGAAAUAAACAGUUUACUUAAAAAAUAAAAUUUCUUUUUUUUUUCUCGGGACGCCUCAAGCCCGUGAACAAGAGACACACGCUUUUCAACUGCAGGCGGGAGGUGAGAACGCGCGUGCGCAGACCUUGUGGGCGUUGAGACUAAGGCUUGGCGUGGACAGAGAAAUGUCUUGGCAGGACCAGCAACAUGGACUACUCACUGACUGACACAACCCACGACAUAGUUCACUAUCUGAAACAACCUGUUUGUGGGUAAAUCUCGUCUUUGCUACACCAGACGGCGCUGUGGGGGAACCUUUUCUGCUGGUCUCAGACGAACAGCUUCGUUUCCACCAUGUAGUAAAAAUGCUGGAUGCUGACUACCUGAAGUAAACGGUUCGAGACUGAAAGUUAAGAGGACAAACAUUCUAUAAAAUUUUGGACACUAUUAAUGAAUUUGUAAAGGAGGAUUUCAGACAAUGUUAGCAACAGAGCGCUCUCCUGUGAUUACAGUUUUCUCAGAGAAAUAGUGAAGUUAGUGUCUUCUGCAGAGUAAAAUAUUGAAUCCAAAGAAUUGAAAAAAGGAGAAAUUUUAAAAAGACAGAAAAACAAUACUUUUGCGCUUGAAAUUUGUAUUCUCGUACUCAAGGAAGCUUCAAGAACAAACCUCACUCAACAAACAAAAGUAACCGACUUUGGUGAGAAACAAAGUGAAAACUGUUUCUGGUCAUCUCGGAACGAACCCAUGGACUGAAAGACUUCUGACAUUCCUCAAACCGUGGCACCGACAGUCAACAGUGAUCACAAAUGGCAGACGACAGUGCCGACUACCCAUCUUUCCUCCCGGACAGCAACGUGACGACAUCAACGGUUAAUGACACACCUGGCAGUGUCUUCUACUUCUACAAGAACGAGCAGUUGACUUUUCUCUGCAUUCUCUUCGCGAUGAUCGUCGUGGGAAACUCCCUCGUCAUUCUGGCCAUCGCACUGUCCAACAAUCGCAGGUCCCGCAUGAACAUCUUCAUGAUGAACCUGGCAAUCGCCGACCUGUCUGCCGGCCUGGUGAACGUGAUGACGGACAUCAUCUGGAAGAGCACCAUCGACUGGCACGCGGGCAACGUGGGCUGCAAGAUCGUGCGCUACAGCCAGGGGGUCGUGACCUACGCCUCCACCUAUGCCCUGGUGGCACUCAGCCUUGACCGCCUGCACGCCAUCGCUCGUCCUCUUGGCUUCUCGGGGUCAGGUCUCCGCAUCCGUCUGCUGGUGGGCUUGGCCUGGAUGUUUGCCCUGCUCUUCUCCAUCCCGAUGCUUAUCAUCACCGAGGCCCGUGUCAUUAAUGGCCGCAUGCAGUGCUGGGUGGAUUUCCCACAGCCGUGGAUCUGGAAGCUGUAUAUCACAACCAUCGCCGUGAUCCUCUUCUUCAUCCCUGCCAUCAUCAUCGCGGUCUGCUACAUCAUUAUAGUUGUCAUCAUCUGGAGCAAGUCGGCUUUGAACGUGGGCGAAAUUCCUAACAGUAGCGGAACGAGGCUGAUCAAGAAUGGAGGCCACAUCUACGUAGCGGCCAACAACAGACACUUCAAGGACAGCGCCACCAGCAGCAGAGGACUCAUCCCCAAGGCCAAGAUGAAGACCAUCAAGAUGACACUGGUCAUCGUCUUGGUCUUUGUCAUCUGCUGGAGUCCUUUCUUCGUCUUCGAUUUGCUGGACGUCUACGGCUUCAUCGAGCAGUCCCAGGAGAGCGUGGCCCUUAGCACCUUCAUCCAGAGCCUUGCGCCCCUCAACAGCGCCGCCAACCCCAUCAUCUACGCCAGCUUCAACACCAAGAUGUGCGUCAACCUCUUCCAGAGGAAAGGGAAGCGACACCAGUCCCCCACCUCGUACAAUUCCCACAUGUCCACCAAUACAAGGACUACCGUGAACUGACCCUGGUCAUGAAUGGGAGGCAAAGAAAGAUGAGUGAUGUCCGGUUGACAUGGAGUUCUCUGAGGAAGAAAGAAAUCCUUUCUAUAUUUGUGAAGGCUGAUACAGGUGUCCGUUUACAAAGACAGACCACCAAGACAGAGUGGUCGUGAUCGAAUACUGGUGAUGUCAUGUGCAGUUUCGUUGAAAACUCGGUCAAGAAUUAUUGGUCUGCUGAGUCCAACUCUGCACAUAAUGUAAACGAACUUUUAAAAAAAAGUCUCUUUCAAAACAGUCAUAAACAAGGAGAGAAAAAAAUCUCCAAAAAUUCAGUUGUUGACUUGAAACUGGCAGGCUUUAGUAACUGAUGUUUAGUAAACAAUGACAAUGUGCCGGGUGCAGUUCCCAAAAGGAAACAAAGGAAUAUUAUCUGAACAGGAAAAGCCAAAGACCUGGGCUGAUUAUGACUGAGUUUGUCUGUCAUUCUCACAACAAACAGUCAUGAGACAAGUUUAAAAUGAAAAUGUGGCGGAGAUCGACUGAAGUACUUAGCUUGAUUUUAACGAAGAAAUGUUUAUUUGGAUGUCCAGUGUCAAGAUUUAUUCUUGUCUGUUAUUCUCCUUUGUCCUUUGAAGUUGCCGUGUCCUACCAUAAACGCUGUCAACUGAGCGCAUUUUCCACUGAAACAUUUUGAACUAUCUACACAUUAUCUUAUUUGCAUUCGUGUCUGUUUUAUCUUUGUUUUGUUUAGUUCGCUUGUGAUAAAACUGCUAACUGCAGCCAAAAUGAAAUUAUUCUGAGAAAUAAACUACUUCAAAUGAGAAAUAAGUCCUAAAUUUAUGAAUGGUAAUAAAUGAAUAAAUAAUAUACAUGUAUAAGUAAUUUA